UUCCUCCUCCUCCCGAUCGGCUGCGCUGCUUUUCCGAUGGAGAAUCCUCUCCCGUAAAGUCUGCGCCUUUCCUUCCCAGGCUCUUGGCUCUUUCCAGGCUUGCUGAAGCUCUGCCUUCCUUCCUUCCUUCUACUGGUGAGAAAUCCAAGGCAGCAGAGAAAAGAGAGGAGGAGGAUUCAUUCCCCUGAAGAGGAAACAGAAAGAGGGAUGGAUGGAUGGAUGGAUGGAUGGAUGGAUGAUGGAGCAAUAAAUCAACAAGGUCGCCUCUGGAAUUGCUCCCAAAACAGGACUGAGAGUGGAGACACCCCCAAGUAAGGGGAGAAAGGAACAAGCAAGACUCCAAGCCUAAGAGUCCGGAGGAGAAAAGUUUGCCGAGCGUCCUUUUCCGCACCAGGAAUGGUUCCCAAGCCCUGCCCCCCUGUCUUGGACUUCUUCUGCUCCUUUCGGGAGAAGCAGGCUCUCUGAAUGAGUCCUUGCCAAGGAGGAGGAGGAGGAGGCUUCCCCAAGGGCCUCUCCUUCCUGGACUUCCUGGAGGAGAUGCUCCGGAGCGCAGGAUAAAGUCGGGAAAGGACCGCGCCGACCUUCUUUGGAGGCUUCCUUCGCCAUGGCCCCUUGGCCCAACGGGGGACUGGCUUUGGGCUUGCUCUGGGCAGCUCUCCUGGGCAGAGUGACCGUGGGCCGUGGCAUCCUGGACAACAUACCGAAGUUUUCCUCUCUACCAACAUAUCUACCUGUACAAUAUCAGAUCUCGCGCACUGAGACUUCAUUUUUCCUCAGAGAAGCAAACCAGGAGUUCAUGAGAAACUCAAGUUUGCAGUCGCGGAUAGAAACCUUCUUUACAUACAAAACCAAAAAGGCCCCUGUAAUAAAUGCGAGCUAUGGACCGUUCUCUGUGGAACAUACGGUGCCCCAGGAUCUCCUGUUGACUUCAAACAUCUUUGGGUCCACCAACAAGUUUACAUUCAACUGGAAGCUGAAAGCCUACAUCAUGAGUGAAAAGGUUUAUUUGACCAGGCCGAAAGUCCAAAUACUCUUUUAUAUUGUGGGAAGAGAUUGGGAUGACUACAGUGCUACAGAGCAGCUACCUUGCAUGAGAGUCUUUGCUUUUCGGGAAACGCGGGAAGUCCGUGGUAGCUGCAGGCUCAAAGGCGAUCUGGGUUUAUGUGUGGCCGACUUGGAGCUCCAGCCAGCCUGGUUCAACCCACCGACCGUUGUUACUGGCCGUAAGAAAGCAGCCGAUCCAUCCGAAGGAAGUUCUGUAGAGCUUUACUACACCAUCCAGCCUGGAGAUGAGAAAGGGGAGUGUAGCACUGAAGACAUCCGGAAGGGCAAUGCUAUCCGUCCAGGGAAGGAAGGAGCAUCAGAGACCAUGUCUCACUUACAAAGAAUUGGUUCUAUCAGUCUCCACCGGGUCCCGGAGAGCUCUCAGCUGACAGAGUUGUGGUUGGACAGCAACGUGGCUCUUUGGCUGCCCUCAAAACCGGUCAAACAAGGAGAAGUCGUGAGUGCUUUAGUGACGCUCGCGAACAACGUCACCGUGGAUCAGUUCAUCCUAAGGGCUAAAGUGAAGAAAGGCGUAAAUAUCCUGAGUGCUAAGGCAAGUGAUCCACAGCAGUGGGAUGUCACACAGGAAGUAGGCAACGGAGGAAAACAUUCAACCACGACAGUGAUGUGUCAGAGAAUAAUACAGACGCCAAGAAGCAGGAGCAGCAAUAACAAUAUGUUCAGUGAGGUGGUGAGAUUGAACUUCGAAAUUGCCAGCUUCAGCAGUCUGUCCGGGACGCAGCCCAUCACGUGGCAAGUGGAAUAUCCCCGAAAGAGGACAACAGACACAGCCCUCUCUGAAAUCUUCAUUUGCCAGAAGGAUCUUGUGGGAAUUGUUCCACUGGCAAUGGACACAGAAAUCCUCAACACUGCAAUCCUCACAGGGAAGACGGUAGCUGUUCCCAUCAAGGUGGUUUCAAUUGAAGAAAACGGUGCGGUGACCGAUAUCUCAGAAUCAGUGGAAUGCAAAUCUUCUGCUGAGGAUGUCAUCAAAGUUUCUGACCGAUGUGACUAUGUUUUUGUGAAUGGUAAGGAAAUGAAAGGCAAGGUGAAUACCUUGGUGAACUUCACCUAUCAAUAUCUGAGUGCUGCUCUGCAGGUGACAGUUUGGGUGCCACGUCUACCUCUGCAAAUUGAAGUUUCGGAUACCGAACUCAGCCAAAUAAAAGGCUGGAGAGUUCCCAUCGUCUCUAACAAGAGACCGACUCGGGACAGUGAUGAUGAUGAGGAAGAUGAGCGGAAGGGAAGAGGCUGUACCCUCCAGUACCAGCAUGCCAUGGUGCGUGUUCUCACUCAGUUUGUGGCGGAGGAUUCCACCCCAUGGGGACAACUCACCUAUUUGCUGGGCUCUGAUUGGCACUUCGACAUCACAGAUUUGGUGACAGACUUCAUGAAGCUUGAGGAGCCGCAUGUGGCCCAGCUACAGGGAGGCAAAGUUCUGGUUGGACAAGAAGUUGGCAUGACAAUGGUCCAGGUUCUAUCUCCGCUGUCUGACUCCAUCUUGGCCGAGAAGACCGUGACAGUGCUGGAUGACAAAGUGACCAUCACAGAUAUGGGAAUCCAGCUUGUAGCAGGAUUGUCGCUCUUUCUACAACCCAGUGCAGCAAGCCAUCAGGCUAUCAUGACUACAACUGUCGCCCAAGAAUUGCUCCAUACUCCCAAACAGGAGGCAGUGGUCAGCUCCUGGAUCCAGUUCAGUGAUGGCUCUGUGACUCCGUUGGACAUUUAUGAUCCCAAAGACUUUUCGCUUUCUGCUUCCUCACUCGACGAGUCUGUCAUUUCCGCCCAUCAGACUUCGAAUGUGAAAUGGCCUGUGAUCGCAGCCGAAGGUGAAGGGCAAGGCAUCUUGGUUAAAGUCGACAUGAUGAUUUCCGAAACCUGCCAGAAGUCCAAGAGGAAGAGCAUCCUAGCUGUAGGCAAUGGUAGAAUUAAAGUGAAGUUUGGUCAGAAUGACGCCAAUUCCCACGCCGUUGGUGAUUAUGAUGCCGACGAGAUUGAAAACCAUGCGAGUGGCCGCAGGCAGAAGUCGCUGGACCAAGAAAGGUAUGGCCAGGAUGGACAGUACUUUGGGAGUUCUUUAGCGGAGCUUGAAGAAGACACCGAAAGGAAAGUCAGCACCACUGCAAAAUCUCUGAUCAAAAGCAAAGUCUUGAAAAACAGCCUGGAUGGGAAAAAGCUCUCCGAUGACGGACAGCUCCAAAACAUUCCAAUAGACUUCACCAACUUCCCAGCUCAAAUUGACCUCCCCAAGAGUAACAUGGAGGAGAAUGAUCUUGUGCAAGCACCACGAGAUCUCAGUGACUUAGAGAUCGGGAUGUAUGCCUUGCUAGGAGUCUUCUGUCUUGCCAUUCUGGUCUUCUUGAUCAAUUGUGCCACCUUCACGUUAAAAUAUCGGCACAAGCAAGUUCCGGUGGAAGGGCAGAACCCGAUGAGCCACUCCCACGAUUGGGUGUGGCUUGGGAACGAAACGGAGUUGCUGGAGAACCAAGGGAACGCCGCUCUCCAGCAGGAUGAGCGCACCACCAACACUGACCGAGGUCUAGGCUUUGAGGAAAGCAACCAACUUCUCAACGGCAACACACUGAAAAGCAUCCAGAGCCAAAUCCAUCGGUCGGCUGACUCGGAGAGCAAGCAGGGAAAAGAGCAAAGGCUUGAGCCCCCUUUGCAUUCUCCCACGUCCAAACGAAAGCGUGUUAAAUUCACAACGUUCACCACCAUUCCUCCCGACGACGGUUGUCCUACCGUCAACUCCAUCCUCAACUGCAAUGAGGAUGACAUUAAAUGGGUUUGCCAAGAUAUGGACCUGGGGGAGACAAAAGAGAUCAGAAACUACAUGGAGAAGCUCAAGGACAAAGCAUAGCUCCGAGACUAGGUUUUUAUCCGUUCAGAACCACACCUUGAUGCCUUCAGUUGUAUUGGGACACAAAACAUAACAUGGAUGUGUGUGUGUUGGGGAGGGAACCGAACAGAUUUACAAACAAGAUACAGGGUUCCAAAAUAGGGAGAGCUAUCCAUGGUAGGUUAUUUUUCUUUCCCUUCACAUCAGACAAAAUGCUCGUGUCUUUGAGUCCAAAGGAAUACAUUGGACAGUAUGAUGAACUGGAACAAGGCAAAGUUAUGAAAUGUAUGCUUAGGGUGUUGAAGACUAUUAAACAGAAGGUACCAAAAGUAUUUUUUAAAAAGAAAAUAAAUAAAUAAGAAAAACACGGGAAACUUCUUUAUAUUUCUAAUAACACGUCGAAAAUGCGAAACCAAGACUGUGCGGAGGUACGACUCCGACGGCGGCUUUCUGGUCCUGGAGACGAAGAGAGGGUGUGAUGUCUGGAGAAAAGAGUUGGUGUUGUUUGUUCUUUUUCGUGUUUAUUUUUUUAAAAGAAAUAUGUGUCACAUGCUGAAAAUAGAUCUCUCUUCACUCACUCCUCCAUCUUCACCACUCUGCCUUUCAGAGGUCGCUUUCGGUGCAUGUCAUAGGAGAGGGGUUCAACAUUCAAAACAAAGAGUAUCUUUACAACAGAGUGAGCAAACUCCAGGCUUUUAGGUUGUUUUUUUUUACUGGAACUAAAGAUCCAAGAACUGGAACCUGGUAUAGAUAAAUUAAAAAAUGUUCUUUGUUUUGAGUAUCAACACUGGGUGGAUCUAUCAGUCUUUCCAUACAAAAAUCCAGUAGCAGUUGGCGAUUCUGAUGCCAGUGGAGCGAAAUUUAAAAUUUUUAUUGCUGCUGUUGUGAAACUAUUGAGAGUAGAGAUCAUUCAGGGUUCCGAGACACAAAACACGAAGGUCUACGAGCUCUAUUUGUUGCCAUUCUCCUCUCCAAACAAAGCCUUGUUUACAGAGGGCUCGCAUCUUUUCCAUACUCUUACCCGGCUUUGUGACUUCUCGGUUAUGACAUUGUGCAAAUUCAUGUCAUGCCAUAUCAGUGAGAAAAUAUAUAUAUAUAUAUGGGUGAAAGGAAGAGGAGGGUUACUGCCAUUGGGGGGUAAGAUGAGAAACAAGAGACACAAAUGUCCACAACUCAAGUCCGAGACAGAUCAAACAACUAGCUAAGAUCUCAUAGGAACAAGGCUUUGGUCUAGACUUCUGGUUGAGGCUGAUUAUGGCACAAUUUUUUUUAACCAAGUCAAAGAUGACCAACGGGUUGCCCUGAAGUAGAUAAAAGAAGGGAAUUGUCAAUGGAUCAUUUCAAAUAGUUUACCACAAGGGGGCAGCCAAGCAAAAAUCAGAAUAAUUCCACAUCUUUUUUUUGAUUUGCUCCUUAUUUACAACAAAUCCAGGGAAGCAACUUUCUUUUCUGUCUCCCUGGAAUUCCUGCUAAAUAGGGACACGCAAUGGCUGUCUUUAUCAUUCCAGUUAUUUUUUUAAGGGUUUGAAUGGGUUUACUUGGCCCUGUGGUUUCCCCCUUAGUUCCCCUUCUUCCCCCAUUUGGCUACUUGGAUGCAGUGGAACUUGCCACCCUAUAAUGUAGAUGGACUUUUUAACAAUAUUUGCCUAGUAUGCAUUGUAGACUGAAAGAAUGUAAUAUUUAUUUAUACAUGUUAUGCAAAUUGUAAUUAAAAUGCUUUACAUGG